AGGAAUUAUCAAAAUGGACUACAAUGAAAAAUAGGUCAAAUCCUUUCACUCGUUGAAAUUAAUUCUUCAAAGUGUUUACGAUGACACAAAUAGAAAAUAUCAUAGUUAAAUUAGUUAAAUCAAACUUUUGGGAAGAAUUAAUUGCUAUUAAAAAGAGUAUUGUGUGAAAUGCAGAAAAUGAAAUUAUUUAGCUAUCAAUUAUGUUAAUUAAUGAAAAGAAACUUAAAUAUGCGAAAUAUUGAAUAAUAUUAAUAGUCGAUUUGAUAUAGUGGUGACAUGUUUGUAUUUUAAAUUUUAGUAUUAUUUACAAGUUUUUAUACUAAGUAUUUUUGCUUUUAUAAUACAUCAUUAUUAAUAAUGGUUCAAAUAAAAGAUAAUACCGUCCAAGUAGUAUUUAUUUCUUUAUUGUUGGACCUUUUAGCAUUUACUAUGAUAUUACCGUUGUUACCUGCCUUAUUAGACUAUUAUAAAGAAAUAGAAGAUGAUAGAGGCAUAUAUUUUAAAAUUUUAUAUUACAUACAAAAUGUAAGAACAUUUUUUGAUGCUCCUGAUAAGGUCAAUACGGUACUUUAUGGAGGUUUUCUUGGUUCUAUGUAUUCUUUUUUACAAUUUUUGAGCUCUCCGAUAGUAGGAGCAUUAUCAGAUAUAUAUGGAAGAAAGCCACUGAUGAUAUUUUGUUUAACUGGUAUUGCAUUAUCUUACCUGUUGUGGGCACUUUCUUGUAACUUUACUAUAUUUGUAUUAGCAAGAUUUGUUGGAGGUAUUAGUAAAGGAAAUAUUAAUUUAUCAAUGGCUAUUAUCAGUGAUGUUACAUCUCCAAAAACAAGGGGAAAAGCAAUGGCACUUGUUGGUAUAGCAUUUUCUAUAGGCUUUGUAGUAGGCCCAAUGAUAGGAGCAUUUUUUUCAUGGGUUUUUAGUGAUAAUAGAAAAGAGGCUUGGUAUAUAAUACCUGCAGUAUUUGCUCUUUUUUUAGCAACAAGUGACUUGUUCUUUAUUAUUUGUUACUUAAAAGAAUCUCUACCAUUAAAUCGUAGAAAUAAUACACUCAUAUCUAGUGUCAGUGAAAUUUUUACUUACAUUAAUCCUAUAGAUCUAUUCCAGUUUAAUGGGGUAUCUGGCUUAAAUUUGCAAGACAAAAAGAAUUUAAGAACACUGGGUUGUGUAUAUUUCAUGUAUUUGUUCAUAUAUAGUGGUUUGGAGUUCACCUUAACUUUCUUAACUCAUUAUCUAUUUAAAUUUACAAGCAUGCAACAGGGAUGGAUGUUUUUAGGAAUUGGAUUAGUUAUGGCAAUUUUGCAAGGAAGUUGGGUACGAACGAUUCCACCCAAUAAAACAAAAUCUGUUGCAGAAUUGGGUUUGUGGUUGAUCAUUCCAGCUUUUAUUUGUCUAGGUUUUGCAAGUGAUAUAUUGACAUUGUCAAUUGGAUUACUUCUGUUUGCAAUUUCUACUGCAAUGGUUGUUACAUGUAUGAUGACUCUUGUGACACGUAUUGGGCCUGAUCAUCAAAAAGGUGCAAUAACAGGUGUUUUUCGUUCUCUUGGAGCAUUGGCACGAGCUUGUGGACCUAUUGUAGCUUCUUCAGCUUUUUGGUACAUGGGUAGUAAAGCAACAUAUCUCACUGGUGCUGUAUUUCUUCUUUUCCCACCCAUUAUUCUCCAAACUAUAAAAUCAUUUUGAAAUGAAAGUAUUUACAUAAGUAUUGUAUACUUAUAUUGACCAGUAUUUUUAUAUGUUUUAUAAUGUUUGUUAUGUAAACAUUUAAGAAAGUAUUCUUUAUACGUUUAUUGUGUCAUAUAUAAAAUGUGAGGCAAUAUAUUCCCAUAUACAAAUUUU